CUAGCCUCAGAUUUAGAGCGCGGUGUAUGCAUGGACGUACAUGUACAUGUAGGACAGAUGAAAGCAGGAAUUUUAAUCGUUUUUUCCUUCUCAUCGUGAACGGGAUCAUGCUGGAAUUGCCGCCAUGAGGAUAUCUCUGGGCAUCGUCUUGCUAAGUAGCUCUCUUUUAGGUUGUCUAUCAGCAAGGACCCAGCCUGGUUGCCUCUGUAAACACAACGAGUUCAGCUGCGCGCCCACCGAGACAGGAGAGUGUACCUGCAUUCCGCAACAGUGGCGUUGCGACGGGGACAGCGACUGUAGCAAUGACGAAGAUGAGGAUGGUUGCGUGUUACCAACGUGCUCAUCGGAUCAGUUUGAGUGUGCAAACGGCAAGUGCAUUCCGCAAAGCUGGAAGUGCGACACCGAUAACGACUGUGGCGACAUUUCUGAUGAAACAGAUUGCCCUGUAGAAGAGUGCGAAGGAAGAAGCAAGUUUCAGUGUGCCAACAAUAAAUGCAUCCGGAGGCGAUGGGUUUGUGACGGGGAGGACGAUUGUGGGGACGGAUCAGACGAAGUCUGUCCCGCCCAGUCAUGCCAGCCGUCAGAGUUUCCGUGUUCAGCCGGGGGUUGUAUAGCCAAUGCAUGGGUCUGCGACGGAGAUUUCGAUUGUCCAGACCGAUCAGACGAAGCCUCUUGCCCGGACAGCAUCAAUCUGUGCAGUCCUGGUCAGUUCCAUUGUGAGACAGGCAACUGUAUCUUGAAAGAUUACGUUUGCGAUGGAGAUGAAGACUGCAAUGAUGCAAGUGAUGAAGCAAACUGCGAAGGCACCAACAUGACUUGCACGGAAGAUGAGUUCACAUGCGGAGACGAGACGUGCAUCUACGGACGAUGGCGCUGCGAUGGCGACUAUGACUGCGAAGAUUUGUCAGACGAACAGGAAUGCCCUGAACACACUUGUGCGGCUGAUCAGUUCCAGUGUACGACUGGACGGUGCAUUAGAAUCACAUGGAAGUGUGACGGGGAACCAGACUGUUCUGAUAACAGCGAUGAGGAGAAUUGCUCCAACAGCACCAGUAGAGUGUGUUCUGACGACCAGUUUCAGUGUAAAAAUCGUAAGUGCAUCGGGCUGUCCAAAGUCUGCAACAGCAACGACGAUUGCGGGGACAGCAGCGAUGAGCGCCCUGUGCAGCCUUGCUACUCGGAUGAUUUGUCAAGAAUCUCUUGCGGCUCAGAUAAGGGCGGUUGCGACCAGUUCUGUACCGAUUUGAACCCUGGUGUCCGCUGUUCAUGUGAACAAGGCUAUCUCAUUGGUGGGGAUGGCAAGGAAUGCGUAGAUGUGGACGAAUGCCAAGAAGAAGGUAUCUGCAGUCAAGUUUGCAAAAACACCGUCGGAUCGUUUGAGUGUUCAUGCAUCGAGGGUUACGAGUUGAGGCUGGAUGGAACAACGUGCAAAGCACAAGGUCCUGAACCAUAUCUUCUGUUUGCCAACCGGAUCGACAUCCGACGAUUGGAACCCAACAACUUCCAUUACACCCCUAUCUUGAGGGACUUGGAGAAUGCCAUCGCCUUGGAUUAUCUGAUCGGGGAAGAAUUGGUGUUCUGGUCGGACGUGACCCUCGAUAGUAUCAAGAGGGUGUAUCUUAAUGGGACGGGAGUUCAGAGCAUUAUCACCACAGGACUUGAGAGUCCAGGUGGCAUUGCCGUGGAUUGGAUUGGACGGAAGCUAUACUGGACCGAUUCGGGAACAUCUAGGAUUGAAGUCAGUAAUCUGGAUGGGACGGACAGGAGCGUCCUGAUCUGGGAGGAUUUGGAGAAACCGAGAGCCCUCGUGGUCCACCCAGAACAGGGGACAAUGUUCUGGACAGACUGGGGCAGCACGCCGAAGAUUGAAUCAGCAGGGAUGGAUGGAAGCUCCCGUCACAUCAUAGCCAACACCAGCCUGUUCUGGCCCAACGGUCUGACUCUAGACUACACCACACAGAAACUCUAUUGGGUGGAUGCCAAGCACCAUGUGAUUGAGAGUGCCAACUUGGAUGGUUCCCACCGGAAAGCCAUUAUCAAUGAAGGCCUGCCGCACCCAUUUGCAAUCACGUUGUUUGAGGAUUUCCUUUACUGGACAGACUGGCACACCAAAAGUAUCAACAGUGCCAACAAGUUUACGGGGACGGGCAUCGAGAUGAUCCAAAGUCAGCUGCACUUCCCCAUGGAUAUCCACUCAUUCCACCCCCAAAGGCAGCCUGAUGCUAUUAACAGAUGUGGCUCCAACAAUGGAGGUUGUAGUCACCUCUGCUUGCCCAAUCGCAUUGGCUUCACCUGUGCCUGCCCCACGGGCUUUAGAAUCUACAACGAGACCACCUGCGCGGAAGAGAUAAAUUCCUUUAUGGUGUUUGCCCGGAGCAAAGACAUCCGUAGGAUUUCCUUCGACACGGACGAUCUCACAGAUGUGGUGAUACCGUUGCAUGAUCUAAACAGUGCAGUGGCUCUUGAUUGGGACAGUGACGAGGAAUUUAUCUUCUGGACAGAUGUCGUGGACGAUGCUGUCAGUAGGGCUAGAUGGGAUGGUUCAGAACAAGAGACCAUCGUCUCGGUCAGCCUGGAAAGCCCCGCCGGCCUGGCUGUGGACUGGGUCACCAAGAAGAUCUACUGGACAGAAGCUGGGACGGACCGUAUAGAGAUUGCCGACUAUGACGGCAGUAUGAGGACGCUCCUACUUUGGGAGGACCUUGAUCGACCCCGAGAUAUUCUCGUCGAUCCCCUGUCAAGGUACAUGUAUUGGACUGACUGGGGCGCCAAUCCAAAAAUAGAACGUGCCGGCAUGGAUGGGACCAAUCGCGUGGCAUUGGUCCACCAGGAUCUGAUCUGGCCCAAUGGCUUGGCACUGGACUACGAACUGCAGAGGUUGUACUGGACAGAUGCUGGUGCCAAGAAGAUCGAAUUCGCCAACUUGGACGGCAGCGGCCGACAGACGCUCAUCGGUACUCAAAUCCCACACCCUUUCGGGCUGACGAUCUUUGAGCAACGAAUCUACUGGACUGAUUGGCAAACCCUGAGCAUCGAGAGUGCAGACAAGAUGACCGGCAGCGCUCGAACUGUCUUGACCACCGGUCUGGAGGAUUUAAUGGACAUCCAUGUCUACAGCAGACACAGGCAACAAGUGUCUUCUCCCUGUCUCGUGAAUAAUGGUGGUUGCAGCCACAUCUGUCUAAUGUCCCCCAACGCUCGGGGCUACAGUUGUGCAUGCACCGUCGGCAUCAGGCUAAUGGAGGACGGUCACACCUGUGAACAAGGGAUGAACGAGUUUCUACUCAUCGCUCGUCGUACGGAUAUCAGACAGAUGUCGCUAGAUGUGCCAUAUUACGCCAAUGUGCAGAUUCAACCGGCUGGUAUACGCAAAGCAAUUGCAGUAGAUGUUGAUACAGUUGAAGGGAAAAUAUACUGGGCAGAUAUCACCGAAGAGGCCAUCAGUCGGUCAGACCUAGACGGCCGAAACUCUGAGGUGGUCAUCCACAAUAACCUGCAAGUCACGGAUGGACUGCGCGUGGAUUCCAUCGGACGGAAGCUCUAUUGGACGGACACAGGCACGAGACGGAUCGAGGUGGCCGACUUGGAUGGCCGACAUCGACGAGUUUUGAUUUGGGAGGAGAUUGACAAACCGCGAGCACUGGUGUUGGACCACGAACACGGUUACAUGUAUUGGACAGACUGGGGUGUCCAGCCAAGAAUUUCUCGCGCUUGGAUGGAUGGCCAGAACGCUGAGGUCAUUGUGAAUAGAGACAUUAGCUGGCCAAACGGUUUGGCAUUAGACUCGGACGAAGGCCGGCUUUACUGGUGUGAUGGUAACAUUGACUAUCGGCUCAUCGCGUCUGUGGACCUUGAUGGUAGCCAUCGUCGCACCUUGGUCAAUCAAGAAGUCUACCAUCCAUACGGACUGGCUCAGGCCGGAGAGUACAUCUUCUGGACGGACUGGCAGCUCAACAGUAUCAAGAGAGCUGACAAGAGAACGGGAGGUAACGUGCUGACCAUCACAGAGAACCUACCUGACUUGAUGGACAUCAAGGCUGUCAAUAUGAACAAGAGAGGCACCAACCGCUGUGGUGACGAUAAUGGAGGCUGCAGUCAUCUGUGUCUUCCAAACCCUCUCAGCUACUCCUGUACUUGUCCUACAGGGAUUGAACUCCAAGACGAUCACAUGACCUGCGUCGAUGUUCCUUCAACCUUCCUCCUGUUUGCGACGAGGAACACGCUGCGACGCAUCUCCAUGGAUACCGACGACCAUCUUGAUGUCAUCUUGCCCAUCGAGGAAGACAUCGAGAACGCCGUGACGGUAGACUUUGAUAGUGUGGAGCGCAAGAUCUACUACACUGAUGUAUAUCAGAAUGUCAUUAGACGAGUCAACUACGAUGGGAGCGGGGGAGAAAUAAUCAUAUCCACCAGUCUGGGAACAACUGAAGGAUUGGCUGUGGAUUGGAUCGGGCGGAACCUGUACUGGACAGACACUGGUCGGGACAAGAUUGAAGUGUCGCGAUUGGACGGCUCCUCACGCAAAGUCAUUGUGGAUACAAAUCUCGACGAGCCUCGAGCCAUCGCCAUUUAUCCCAGAAAGGGUUACAUCUUCUGGACGGACUGGGGCACCUAUCCCAAGAUAGAACGUGCCUACUUUGACGGUACGAGUCGCCGAACUCUAAUCAGUGAAGAUCUGAAGUGGCCCAACGGACUCACCAUCGAUUAUGCAACCAAGCGGCUCUACUGGGCUGAUGCCAAUCUGGAUAAAUUGGAGACGGCCGACUUCAAUGGGAAAUAUCGCAGCGUUUUGACAAGAAAUAUGUCUCAUCCUUACGGUGUGACUUUGUUCAAUACCAGAAUUUACUGGACUGACUGGCACACGUCCUCUAUCGAGUCCGUCGACAAGACCAACGGACAGGACAAGCAAACUCUGCCUGGGACGUUCCAGGGGAUGAAUAUCCAGAUGGUCUCACCGCUACGGCAGACGGGUACCAACCCUUGCGCCAUCGCCAAUGGUGGCUGCACGCACCUGUGUCUGGCUCGCCCCCAGGGCUACGUCUGCGCUUGUCCCGACGAGCAGUACCGAGAUGAAAGAGUCUGUUCCCUGAGGCCAGGGGGACCAGUCAACCCCCCCACGGCAGUCACCUCGCGUGGUCCAGUCAUUCAGACCAGCUCGCCAAACGAGCUGCCAAGAUCACCUCCGAGCACCUUGCGACCACCGGUCAGAACAGCGCACCCCAACGACAUCCCUCAUGCACCAACCACCGCACAGAGCAAUGCAAUCCCAGGGGCCUGCUCUCCACAAGACGAGCAGCUGGGUCGUUGCCAGGGGUCGACACGGCAACAGGGUCAAGAUGGCGAUCGUCAACUGGCUCCAGACCCGGGCUCCUAUGUCUUUGUGGUCGUCGGUGUUCUUCUCCUGAUAUUCCUCAUUCUGCUUCUUAUUGUAUUCGUGGUCUGGAGGAGAUAUCAGAAGAGGAGAGGUUGCCGUAGCGACCCAAUUGUGACUUUCUCCAAUCCACGAUUCAACCACAUCACCAACGAGAUUACAAUCCUUCCCAAGAAACAACCCUGCUCCUGGAACUAUUACUCAUCAGAUCCGUCGAAUAAGAUCCCGCAGGCCAACCUCGUCGUCAAGCUAAACAAUGAGGAGGUGGCGAAGAUGUUACCCCCGCCAGCCAACAGCGAGCUGCCCCUCAAGAAGAACAAUGACCAGCUCAAGCCCUUGAACCUUUCUGCCGGUUGCCACGACGAGGAUGACAAUGACGACCUGGAGGAAGUUGCAGGGGCUUGUGGGUAUUCUUACCCGUCGACAACUCCGAGUAACGGAACGCUGUGCUAGUCUUCAGGGAGCAGUUUUUAAAAUUUCGAUUCCUUCCACCGUCUCAGUUGCUUGAAGUCAUUCUGGGUCUCGACAUUCGAAUUCCAGAUUUUUUUCAUCAAUUAUUAUGAGUUUCAAUAAAUUUGGGUCCUAAGUUUUUACAACUCUUGUUUAAAUGUGAGUGGAAACAAAUCUACAACUCUUACUUCUUGAAAAGGUGGGAUAUUUAAAUUUUAGUGUUUGAUCUUGUUAUCAACAACGCCUGAUAACAAUCACAUUUGAAAGCGUUUCAAACCUAUGUAUUGCGUCACUGGACUUGGGAACAAACAUGAUACCUUGAGCCUUGUACAAGGAUAUCAUGCUUAGGCUUAUUUUCCUGUAUUUAUUUCUGAAAAUCUGGAUUAUGAAAUAAGUACACUUCGAAGACAGUUCGGUUUCUACCCGCAAGUGUCCUUUUUUUGUAGAUGUAUAUAUUUAUAUGUAUUUUAUUAUUCAACAAGGCUAUACAGUACGGUGCAGAAUGUUCAUAUAUUUUUUGUUGAUAUAAGUUAAAAGGAUUGCCGACAGCUUUGUCGCUGUUUUUUUGGCAUGACUGAAGUACUGUUAACCUUCCGUUGCCCAGGUUACUAAAAAUCAAGGCAUUGAUGUUUGUAUAUUAUUGAAAUUUUAACAAAACUUGUAAGUUGCAUCCAAGAGUGCUCUGGUUUGACUCAGAAAAAGAAAUUCACAUGAAAAGAGCUGUGCUCGAGAUGAGUAACUCAUACGUGUCAUUGAGCGCGCGCGUAUCGUGCAUGCAUAACAAUGUGCAGGUGCUCUUGUACGUGUUUGCACAAUAUUCACUCAGCGCUACAUGUGCACGAACCAAUCAGCAGACGGAGUAUUUGCAUACGCAGAACAAAGUUGCCUCCAGCUGUUCAGGGAAGUUGGGCUUUUCUGUGUUUAAGGUUUUCCCAAUCCUUACCAAGAAUUUGGCCAGAUUGUUUCUAAAUUCUCUCAUGUUAAUCACUUUGAGAAUUUGAGUGUGACAUCAUCACGUGUCAUUCUCGCCCAUUGAAAAUUUCCAACCACAGUCUCUGAUAAAUUAUAACCGAACUAAUUUUUGAUUUUUACUGUCAAAAUGCACCCUGAGAUUAGGGUUCCUUGUGUGGGAACUGUGAGCGCCCUCUAUUGGUGGAUAUAUUGUGGCACAGACAGGGAACACAAAGACACCAGUCCUGGCAGUGAACUUGUCUUUGAAGACUUGUGACCCAGUUUUCUUCAGCCUUUACUACGGGGCCAAAAUAUUCACCUCAAGCAGAACAUAGCAUAACAGUUUUUCCAAUAAUUCAAAAUUGAUUUUGAAAGGAAAUUAAAAAGUGUAAAUUAUGAAGGAAUCACCCUUCUUUGUACAGUAAAUUUUUUAUAUACAGUAAACCAAUUACUCAGCCCAAGAAUAUAUUUUAACAAUUUUUGUACAUAGAAUCGUCACGUAUUUUAACGAUUUUUGUACAUAGAAUCGUCACGUAUUACAAGUUUGUACUUUUUGAAUUUUUUGUUACUAUUUAACUGUUUGUGUAGUGCUGCUAGUUUUGUAUUCACCUCUUUAAUGAGGACAGACUUAUUCUAAAAAAUGUUGUAGGCCUAAUGACUUUUUGAAAAUGAAUUGUAACUACAUGUACACACAUGUAGGUAUUGGCUGAUGUAGCCUUCUUCUCCAGGUGUUUUUUUAUGACAAGCCAUCUGUUUAGUAGUGUGUUACUGCAUGUACAUGCCCCCCACCAGGUUCAACCAAUUACCCUCAUGUGUUCAACAGUUGGAAAUGCUGGACUGUCUGCAAAGCAUUGUGGGAAGACAGUGGUGAUUGGUGGUGGUACACAGUGUCAAUUCCUAGAUGUGUGGUCAGUUCUACAGAUGGAGCGCUUGAGUCCAUGAGCAAGACACUUUGCCACAAUUGCUCCUCUCCACCCACCCACCCAGGAGUAAAUGGGUACCAGUGAGAGCAAUGACGAGUACCUGUGAGGGCAGUAUACAUGUAAUGGGUACCUGUGAGGGCGUGAUGGGUACCUAUGUGAGAAGUGAUUGGUACCAGCGAGGGCGGCAUUGUGUUUGAUCAGUGGUUUGUUCCUGAAAUGGCUGCCGCGGAGCUUUGAUAUAGGCCAGAUGAGCAGGGGUAAUAAUCAGGUAUUAUCGCAAGCGCCAAUUGGACAUUACAUGGCAUUGCUUUGUAAAAUACACAUUACAUGUAUUAACAGUAAAAUCAAAUAUUUCUGUCAAGGCACAAAUGGCGCAGUGUAAAGAAACUUGUAGAGAGACAAAUGCGAGACAAACCCAGACAGUUGACCCAGGAAAAUUUCUGGAGUCGGGAAAGUAUUUAAACCUGGGUUCAGAGCAAUGAAGGAGAAGGAAUGCACCACUGAAACCAGUCAAGACAGGUAAACCAGUCUUUGACAGUUCCUUUUGAUAUUUUCAGUUGAACGUUGAACUUGUCUCUGGACCAUGGAAUGAAAUGAGAGCUACCAGCCAGUUUUUUAAUCACUGCCUUAUCAUAGUUACAUGAUCUAGAAAAGAAAUGGAAAUAAAAUAUGACAGUCCUUGAAAAUAAUGUAAUAAACAAGAGUGGUACUUAACUUUCGACCAUCUGUUGAACACUGCCAUAAAUUUUACGAUGGUGCUUAAUACUUGACAUUGUUUAAAUAAUUAUUGUAUUCAAAUCAUCUUGACCCUUUCUUUGCUCGGACUUAAAAUUAAGGGCAACCGUGUAUUUUAUUAAUAUUUUAGGCGUAAACCUGCUUGAGUUUUUCUACUUUGUAAAUUCUGUACAUAGAUGAAGUUACAUUACAUGUAUUUUUCCUGUUUUUUGUACUCUGUGCUUGACUGAGUGUUUUUCAGUCUUAGGUUUGCCUAGCAUAGUAAUUUUAAAAUCUGGACAUAAAGCGAUAGCAGCGCUUUUGAACUCGCAAAUUAGUGAUAGUAUAUCAGCUACCAUGCUGCUGGAUUUGCCAACAUCGUGUUUCAUAUUUCUAAGAUAUGUUCAUUUUUCUUGUUUUGUUUUGAAGAUUUGUUGAAACCGUUGGUGCGUGGUGCAAAUUUCCAUGUCUUUAAAGUUGAUCUUAGUACAUCUAGGGCCUAAUCCAGUUUAAAUUUUCCGAAGGAGGGUUGCUUCUGAAAAACAACAUUUUGGCAAAAUUGAAUCUUUAAGUUCUUGUUAUUGUGGAGUUACAUUUUGUGUGUAAUUGGAUUAAUUAUGUCAUUUAAAAACUGAAUUCUGCGGGACUUUGACAAUUGUCUCAAACCUUGACCUUUUGUGACGGAAUUUUGGCACAUGCAGACUCCUUUGAAAUUCCAAUUAAAGGUAAAGUUACGGUAGUAUUUUUUUCUGGCUGCAUUUUAUAAACCAGUACAAGUUUUGUAUGAGGUACUAUUUCUUUUGUAUCUUUGGCAGACAAUGCAAGGAUGUUGCUGAAUUGUACAUAUUUUGUAGACAAUGAAGUUCUUAAAUUUAAGUCGGGAAAAGCAUUUUCGUCCACUUUCAAAAUGGUGAUUAGCCUUUUUCAGGCCUAGUUCAAUGCAGUUUGUCCUCUGUUCUUGUAAGGUUCGCAGCUAUUUCUAAAAAAAUCAGCUGGUAUUACGGGUGGGCAAUUAAUCAAGCAUCCCCUUUGUGGACCCAUCCCUCUCUUACGUAACAACGUACUUAAAAUAUGAAAUAUCCAGGUACAGUUUUGUCCAAGACAAGAGGUAGGAAACACAGGGCAGUGUGAACACUCGGACAUGCCAUUUCUACAACUUUAAACUCUUCUCCAAUGUAUGCAUUACAUUACUUCUGGGUUGUAUUGGAGAGUUGACUUUUAUUGAACGUGAACAAUUGGCCAUGAUUUCCUGGUCAACUGGGGGCGCUGUUGCUGUGAUGUCAGUCGAGGAAGACGUGAUUCUGUUCGUAGGUUUCUGAAAAAAGGGGGCUACUCGCUGACUAUAUGCUAUGCUAUUACCAAAGAAAAGGAAAUUCAGGCCACUUAUUUUUUUAAAUUAAUCCAGCGUUUUUUCACACACUAAUGAGGUUUUCCUCUUUGAAUGACAUCACAGUUUUGCUCAUGAAUAUGGAAGCAUUUAUUACGUAAACCAAAAAGGUAGUAAAGUACCCUUUAAAACAGUAUAACAAGGAAAGUCAGCGUAUUAAACGGGAACACAAAGGUAGGCUACAUGUUGACAGUUUGUCACUGCAGUUGCCCUUUAAUUUUCAGUACUUUGAAUUAUUGUCGUGGUUAGUUACCCCGCAAAAUUCCUACGCGUUUCGCGUGUGCUUUUUUGGCUACUAGUUAAAAAGGAAAUAAAGCUUGAGACGGUGUUUUCUUGCGGCCAUGUUACGCCUCAGGAAACCCAUUUACAUGUCUGAACGCCUCCACAACGGGCACACCUGUUUUCCCCACACUUCAUUGUACUGGAUAGUCCUUGGCUAGGUUGACCAAAAAUUAUUUUGCAUUGGUGAAUGUAAAUUUAUUUCUACAUAGCUUACACCCUUCAUGCAUGAGAGCAAAUAAAACGGGCGCUGUACUCCAAUGAAAAA